AUGAUUAAUUCGCUGGUGAACUUAUAUUUCAGCUAUUCGCUGGCUAUUGGGAUAACCUCGCAUCGCUUCGUCAAGCAGAGGUUUCGCAGUUCCAUAUUUUCGCGAUACUAUGCUCUGAUCGCGAAUAUCCUCACCCUUACAUUGCUGCCCUUGGUUAUGUGGCAUACUCGGGCCGUUUUUCAGACCAAGGGCAACUUUCCGCAACUCAUCCUAAUCACGUACAAUGUGAGGUACUUGGUGACCUACAGUGUCAUCGUAUAUACGAUCUUAUCGCGAGGAUUUCGGGACACGGCCUUCAAGGAAAUGGAGCCAUUGCUGCUGAAUCUACUUAAGGAAGAGGAGCGUUGUGGGCAACAAGAUGUUAGACGAUCUCUGAUGAUUAUGCUGUAUGCCAAGUUCUUUACGAUAGUCUGGCUGUGCCUCACGGAUUCAUUUUUCUUGUUUUACUCGAUUGAGACCUUCAACUUUUUGAUGAUAGCCAGAUUUGUUUUCCUGAGCAAUGGCAACAAUGUGCUGCUCAUGGUGCCAAUGGGCUACUUUCUCGGCCUGUGGCACAUUGCCCGGGGCUUGGAUUUCGUCAAUCGACGCUUGGAUGCUAUUAUAACAUUGUCGUCAAGAUCGCCUCGUGACCUGGAGGAGCUGCAGCACCUGUGGUCACUACAUUCGGCUCUGACCAAGACAGCCAUCAAUAUUAACAAGAUCUACGGCCCCCAGAUGUUGGCCUCUCGGUUCGACAACUUUAUAAUCGGUGUGAUCCAAGCGUACUGGGGUGCCUUCUUCUCCUUUAGCAUAUCGACACCAAUUUUCUGGUUGAUCUACGGCACCAUUAGCUAUAACAUGCGAUCCCUGGACUACUAUCUCAUUGACCACAUGUGCGAUGUGAUUGUGGAGUAUCAGAGCGCGGCUCGGCAUGCCUGGAGCGAGCAUCGCUGGUCGAAGGAGAUAAGUGCCUUGGUGACCUAUACCAACAGUCUGAAGCUGGAACUAUGGACCUGCGGACUGUAUCAACCGAAUCGAAGUCUGUGGUUCGGCAUGACCACCAGCGUGUGGUAUUAUAUCUUAAUGCUGUUGCAGUUUCAUCUGGUUAUGGGAAAUUUAAAAAAAUAG